AUGUUUUUCUUAGCAUCUUUAGCUCGCUCUACCAACACAGGUAUUGACCAAUACCUCCUUGGCAAGAGACUUGCUGAAAUUGGCUUGAAGCAGCAUGCUAACGGUGGCUUCUACGAAGUCACUGGUCAAGAGCCAACAGCAGAAAUUACAUACCAUGCCAUUUACUUAGGCUUCACAUACGGCCUCUUCAAGAACAUGGACUUCUCCAAUGCUCAGCGCUUCAUCACAUCCCUCCGUAACCGUGAUGGUGGUGCCGGCAUGUCACCAGGCCAAAAGUCAUCCGUUGAGGCCACAUACUACUAUUUCAAGGCCGCCACAAUUAUCUUACCAAAUGCUCUUGAUAUCCCAUCUAUUGUUGAAUUCCUUAAGAACCAUUAUGAUUCUAACUCUGGUCUCUUCCGCGAUACAUUAGAUUCAGAUCCAUCAGUUAGAGCCACACACUUCGCCUACCUCACCCUCAACAAGCUUGAGAACGAACUUACAUGGCUCAACACAUUUGCCAUCCGUAACUACAUCACAGACCAUACACAGGAUGACCGCUACUCUUUCGAUGGCAUCAAUGAAAUCGAUGCUCAGAUCUAUGGUACAGCCAUCUCCAGAGCCAUUUCCCUUCAGUCCAACAACUAUCGUGCUGAUCAGUACUCCAAGAAGAUCAUCAGCGAUGGUCUCAAGGCUAAGAACAUCACCAUCUACCAGAUUGGCAACCUCCUUAACGCUCUCAACCAGGAAGGCUCUAAUGAUGUUCCAGAAGAGCUUAAGAACCCAGAUAUCCCAGAAACAAUCAACGAUCUCUUCUCUCUUACACGCCUCCUUGUUUCCCAGGGCAUUUUCGAGAAGCUCCUCGAUAUCGAACUUUUCGCCAUUACAACAGAUAACCAGGUCUUAGAACUUGGCCGUGGUGGUCUUACACUUGGCCAGGUUGUCCGCCCAGCUGCUGUUGCCCGUAUCCUUAAGCGCUUCGUCAACCCAUAUCUUGCCAUCAACCUUACAACAACAAUUGGUGAAGAGAAGUCCGUUGACACAAAGCUUGACUUCGAUGAACGUAAUGGUGUUUGGAUGGGUGACAGAUACACACAGGCUACAAAGCUCGGCCAACUUACAUUCGAUAUCCAGACAUGGCUUCCAAUCCGUGAAGGCCACCAGGUUGAUGUUACAAAGAACAUCCAGACAUCAGUCUCCCUUCCAGUCGAUAUCUCCUGCGAUGUCACAGCCGGCGCUGAAGAAGUCAUUCCAGUUGGCGGCAUCAUCGAACCAGGUGCUGCUGUCAAGUCUGUUCUCCACGGCAGAUUCGAAGACGGCAUCGAAGUUGAAGAAGGCACAAUGGCCACAUUCGCUGUCUACGAUUCAUCCGAAGCCCUCCUCUUCUACGAUUCUGCUGACUUCAAGCUUGACCACAUAUUCCAGUGGACAUUCGAUCCAAAGAACCCAAUUCCAGACGGCUACGUCAAGUUCUCUGUCGAAAUUGGUGACCGCCAGCACGGUAUCCACACACGCAAGGAGUUCCGCUACCUCUACCACGCCAACAUGACAGUUAUCUCCCACAAGAUCAACUCCACACCAAAGCUUGGCGAACUUCUCAAGGUCUCCAUGGUUCCAGGCGUCAUCGUUGAUAGUGCUGUCGAACAGUUCAACGAUGAGAAGUCAUUCGGCGAAGAUCUCAAGGAUGCUUCCACAGAAGGCUUCUUCCCAAGUGGCCCAGCUGAGGCACAGAAGUACCAGAUGGUUCUCAAGUGCGGCAACGCUAUUGCUAAGACAGUUGAUGGUGAAAUCAAGGUUGUCGAACACAACAUCACAGUCGAGUUCGAAACAACAGUUGAUGAGAACAUCGAUCUCGCAACAGGCUUCAAUAUCGAGUUCGUCUUCAAGAACUCCGAGGGAUUCACAGUUCCUCUCUCAUUACAGGAGCCAAUCGCUGUCACACUGAACUCAGAGAUCAUCGCUGAACAGGUCAAGGGUCUCGUGAAGCCACAGAAGUUGACAUACGGCCAGACAAUCAAGGCUGAGUUAGUUGUCAAGGAGAAGAACGUCGGAAAGACAUUACUUCCAGGCUUAGCAUUCCCAGUCAUCCUCCUCAAGAAGGGCGACCGCGUUGUUGCCGAGCAGACAGCUACAUGCGACCAGAAGGGCCUCGAGAGUGUCGAGUUCACAAUCGACGCUUCCGUUCCAAGUGGCAAACUCACAGCUGAAAUCGUUGUCCGCAAGGGUGAAGAGUACCUUCCACUCUUGUUCAACGGAAAGAAGCUCACACAGGAGUACGAAAUCGAAGGCCAAAUCAUUUUCGACCACAAGAUUGUCCAGACAUCUGAUGCUAUCACAAUCGACUACACAACAAUGUUCAACAACAAGGCUAUCACUGGUGGUUUCUUCGUCGCUAAGGUCAUGACACCAGACGGCCAAGUUGCUGCCAACCUCCCAGCUGCCCAGACACUCUCCAAGUCUCGUAUCUCAAUCCCAACACAGUUCCUCCGCGGUGAGUACACAGUUGAUCUCUACCGUAUUGGCGAAACAACACCAGUUGUCUCUACAAAGGUUGCUGUCCAGUCCAAGGUCGUUACAUGGUUCUCACAGCUCCCAAUCGAGACACUCGUUGUCAUCGCUGCCUUCGCACUCUUCUGCUGGACAGUUCACCUCAGAACACAGUUCCGCAUCCACAACAUCUAA